AUGGUUUUAUCACCUCUGCUGUCGAAUUCGUCGCUAUCGAUAUGUCUGAGGAAUCUUGCACGCGUGACGUUAACGAGAGACUUUGUCAGGAACCGAUAUACUCGCGCUUUACCACCGACGAUUUUGACGAAAGUCUUUGGAAAUAAUAAAGGAAAUACUUUCGGGAAAGAUGCGGCUUCUGGUUCGAAUUUUCAGAGAGCACUUAACUUCGUUUCACCGUGCUUACGAGAAGAACUCUUAUGUAAGAUGUCGGAACCAGUUAGAGAUUGUGGCCAUAAAGUCACUAUUGUCGGUGCUGGUAUGGUCGGCGUUGCUCUCGCCAAUUCACUUCUUUUUCAGCGAAUCACUUCGCAUAUCGCAAUGGUAGAUGUCUUUCCUAAAAAGCUGGAAGGCGAAGGAAUGGAUUUUAGUCAUAGUUCCGUAUUCAUAGGAAAUCCAAAGAUCGAGUAUGAUACAGAUUUUUGUGUUACGAGUAAUUCGAAAGUCGUAGCUAUUUGCUCGGGUGUACGACCAGUGAAGGGUGAAACUCGACUUGACUUGGUGAAAAGAAAUACAGAAAUAUUGAAGACUAUAAUACCACCUUUAGUAAAUUACAGUCCAAAUGCGGUAUUUAUCGUCAUCAGCAAUCCAGUGGAUAUCUUGGCAUGGAUUACUUGGAAGUUAAGCGGACUUCCGGUGCAUCAAGUAAUCGGCAGCGGAACUCAUCUGGAUAGCGCAAGAUUUCGCUACCUGAUUGCCGAUCGAUUAGGAAUAGCCCCAUGUUCGGUUCAUGGGUACAUCAUUGGUGAACACGGGGACAGUAUGGUUCCGCUCUGGUCUGGAGUGAACGUUGCGGGAGUGCAGUUCCGCGAUGUUAUCCCGAAUAUCGGUUUGGAGACGGACGACGAAAGAUGGUUCGAAAUAGCAAAACAUGUAGUGAAACUAGGUGCUAUGGUGCGAUGUCUAAAAGGAUAUUCAAAUACGGCCAUUGGACUUUCUGCAGCUGACAUCAUAAUAGCAAUAUUACGCAAUACGCAAGCUAUUAUACCAGUUUCGACUCUAGUGCAGGGUCACCACGAUGUAUGUCACGAUAUGUUCCUGUCCCUACCUUGCGCGAUUGGCGAAAAUGGUAUCACGCAGAUAGUACGAAUGCACAUAACCGAACAUGAGAAACAGCUGUUCCAUGCUUCGGCGAACCUCGUAUACAACGUGCAGAAGGACAUCAAAGUCAAGUCUUGAAUUGUGACGCGCGGAAAGGGAUCGUGCGAACGUGUUUAACUUCUUGUAAAAAAAUGCGAGUGUAAUAAAUUAUAUGUAGCUUGUCCUAGCGCUUCGUCCCGUUACGAUCGCCACCGCAAAACUGUUUACCGCACAGUCGAAUCCUUUCCCGAUUCGUGCAGCGAGACGCGCGGCAGCCGCGAAUGCUCCGAUUGCUUAUUUAUGCAAAUCGGGAUGGAGAGUAUCGAUGAAUUCUUCGAAUUACAUCGCCCCGAAUUCCGUGAUAAUUUUAGUCGAUGAAAUGGUCCCCCCGAGAAUGACGAUAUCCUCUCGCUAACGAUCCUGAAAUCGGGCCCGACGAGUUAAUGACGUCAAUGACCUAUUUUAUAACACUUGGCGAUCUCUGGAAAUACGUGACGUUUCGUUUGCGCAACUCGUAUCUUUUGUUGCUUCCGAGUAACGUUCUCACGCUGUGGCUGGACAUUUUCGGGUUUUCCCGUUGCACAAAUAAAUCAUUGGCGUCUGCGGAAAGCGAUAAUAGUGCACGUCAUCGUGUGCUCGACGCGUGAACGAGCGAAAGGUGACCGGCGGAUGGUACCAGAAGGCCAUGAUUACGCCGCAGGCUAGGCCACGGCAAGGUAAGAGAAGGCUGCGAUAAUUGUGCGCAAGAUGGCGUUUUGGAAAUGCUUGAUACCUGUGAAUAUACCUGCAUCCACCUGCGUUUGAACGGCCGCGCAGGGCCGUAAGAAAGUCCAAUCUAUCCUUUGAAGAAUAAAAUAUCUCACGAAGAUAUUUCCCGCAUUCUGAUUUAUCGUUGAAUAUAAUACUGUCAUUGAAUAUGUACGUUAAUAAUAAUGAUAAGGUCGAUGACGACAUAAAGGAGUGGACGAUAAAAGGUGAGGCAGUUCAGAGACAGCGCGCAAAGAAUAACGAAAUAUGGAAACUUCUAGCGAUAUUAAUAUCGCCGCGGAGGCGAGCGGCACUUUGAACCGUUCCCCUUUUACUUGCUGCCGUAGAUCCACUUGAAAGGCCAGGCGUGUCGUUGAUUUUGAAAGAGGAAUUCCGCGUAAACCAUAUGUCACAGAGAUACUUGCAACAGAGUUACAUAAAUUCCCAGUUGACUUCGGACAGCAGACCUGACCUAGGGUUGAUCUGAAACCAGCGUCUAAUUCGAUGAGGCGGCGCGCUGUCCGAUGAGUGCGACAAGCAUAGAAAUGGAAUUGCCACUCAAUGUUUAUCGCCUGCCUGUUAAAUUGUGAUUAAUAUCACUCCAGACACAUGCGUCAAAUCGAUAAUUUAUCAGACACACAAUCUUCGUUCCAUCCUUAUUUCUCAAUCAUGAAAUCCUCGCGAUACAGGAUGUGUUGAUUUUACGUGACAUUUUAUACGAUGUUCCUGUAAUCGAUACUUUAAAUAUCUCUCUUCGUGACGUUUAUGCUGCUAUU